CUCGAACCCUCUUGCGCUCCGUCCUCGGCCGGUCGCCGGCGCUCCGAUCUCCGACGCACGGCGCUCUCUCCGACUGUUCUUACUCCGUCGAGGGCAUCUCCGACCCUCGGAUCUCCCGCGGAUCGAUCUCAUCUCCGGUUCUGAUAACUUGUAAAGGACUCAAUACUCAUAGGCCAUGGGAAACAUGAGGACAAGGACAACAAUACAGCAUAAUUAUCCCCACAUACAAUGAGCGCCUUAACAUUGCCAUCAUAAUCUACCUUGUCUUCAAGCAUCUUAAGGACACUUGUGGGCAAGUCACUCUCUGUCCAUGGUGUCAUGCAUGCACAGAAGCAACGACCUCAACAUGAUUGGGAUGUUGAUUUUGAAGUCAUAGUUGUGGAUGAUGGAAGUCCUGAUGGAACUCAAGAUGUCGUUAAACAAUUGCAGCAAGUGUAUGGGGAAGAUCGUAUUCUGUUAAGAGCAAGGCCAAGGAAGCUUGGUUUAGGAACUGCUUAUUAUCAUGGACUGAAGCAUGCAUCUGGGGAGUUUGUUAUAAUUAUGGAUGCAGAUCUUUCCCACCAUCCCAAAUACUUACUGAGCUUCAUCAGGAAACAAAAGGAAACUGGUGCAAAUAUCGUUACGGGGACCCGUUAUGUUAGAAAUGGUGGUGUGCAUGGAUGGAACCUUAUGCGCAAACUGACAAGUAGGGGAGCAAAUGUACUUGCACAGACACUUUUAUGGCCAGGCGUAUCAGAUUUGACUGGUUCCUUUAGGCUAUAUGAGCGGUCUGUUCUUGAAGAUGUGAUAAGCUCGUGCGUUAGUAAAGGUUAUGUCUUUCAGAUGGAGAUGAUUGUGAGAGCUUCGAGGAAAGGAUAUCACAUUUGAAGAGGUGCCCAUUACCUUCGUUGACAGAAUUUAUGGAAGUUCAAAACUCGGUGGAUCUGAAAUUGUUGAAUAUCUUAAAGGCCUUGUGUACCUACUAUUCACAACAUAGGGGGAAGUUGUGAGAUACUCUUCUUUGAUUUUUCAUCUAAAUCUUAUUUGGAAAACUCACCUUGUUUAAAAAUCAAAUGAGGCUUCUAAUACAUUUUUUUUGUUGGAAAGUGUCACUCACCGAACUUUUUCCUUGGGAUCUUUCCCAGUGAUUUCUAAGUUGAUAUUCAUGAA